ACAUUUAUCCUAAGUGAUAAAAAAAACUGAUCUAAAAGCUUCCCUAAGUCUACACGAAAUUUGCCUAAAUAUUUUUAUCACUUAGGAUAGAGGUCCCAAGUUUUCUUGCUCCCUCACGGGUGGCAACCCGCUAGCGGACGGAGCUCUCUGCUCAGGUUCUGGCUGGGGUGGGCUGCUGACAGCCCCAGGGCCCCCAGGUCUGCCCCGUCAGUCGUCAGUGGAGGGUCCCGUAGCUAAGUUAGUAGGUAGGUGUCGCAAGCUAAUUAACAAGGACCUCCUCCUCGUCCCGUCCGUCUUCGUCGCCUACUUUCUCUUCUUACAUAACUCUCGUUAUCCCAGAGGCUUCAUCCUCUCAGACUUGCUGUAACACUCUUUGGGUCUGAGACCGAAUUGUCGCGCGGGUACGGAUCAUCUCGUCUUAUCAGCAAAGACAGACUCGAUCUUGUCUUCGUUUCCCCUCCAGCUUACCAUCUCCAAAACCCAAACGGGUCGCUUUCUACCCCGCCAAAACUGCCGCCAUGAGUUUCGCCGGCAUGUUGAACAGGCUUCAUGGCCAACCCGAGAGCUACGAUAAGAAGUGCGCCCGAAAUCCCCUGACCUCGAUCACAAAUCCGAUGAUUCCUAACAAAUGCUUUCUACUGUAGAGCUAAGUACAGGUUUGGUCGAACACUCGGAGCUGGAACAUAUGGAGUCGUCAGGGAGGCUGAUGGCCCAACUGGCAAGGUUGCCGUCAAGAUAAUCCUCAAACGAAAUGUGAAGGGAAACGAACAGAUGGUCUAUGACGAGCUCGAGAUGCUCCAGAAACUCAAGCAUCCUCACAUUGUCAAGUUUGUUGACUGGUUCGAGUCGAGAGUAAGCUCAUCCAACCCCAAAUCUCCAUCCCGAUCCCCGCUCAGGUCAAGUUCUUGGAAUCCUGGCCCAGUUCACUGCCCCUCCUCUCGGUUUCCCACAUGUCAUGUUGCUCACCUUUUCCGCGUCUUCAGGACAAGUUUUAUAUCGUGACACAGCUUGCUACCGGCGGUGAGCUCUUCGAUCGCAUUUGCGAGCAGGGCAAGUUCACUGAGAAGGAUGCCGCUGAGACUAUUAAGCAAAUUCUACUUGCUGUCGAUUUCCUUCACAAGAACAACAUUGUUCACAGAGGUACAGUGCUUCAAACAGCACAUCCCUGGACACCAACUAACCCAAUUUUCAGAUCUCAAGCCCGAGAACCUCCUUUACCUCAGCAAAGAUCCCGAUUCUGACCUUGUCUUGGCCGACUUCGGUAUUGCCAAGAUGCUCGACGGAAAGGGCGAGUCUCUCAAGACCAUGGCUGGCUCUUUCGGUUAUGCUGCCCCCGAGGUGAUGCGCAAGGAAGGUCAUGGAAAGCCUGUGGAUAUGUGGUCCAUGGGUGUCAUCACUUACACUUUGCUCUGUGGUUACUCGCCUUUCCGCAGUGAGAACCUCCAGGACCUUAUCCGGGAGUGCACUGAGAACUCGGUUGUCUUCCACGAGCGAUACUGGAAGGACGUCAGCAACGAUGCAAAAGACUUCAUCUUGCAUCUGAUCAACCCAGAUGCUGAUCAGCGUUGGACCAGCGAGGAAGCUUUGGGUCAUAUCUGGCUCACCGGAAAGAACGCUACCGACUACAACUUGUUGCCCGAGAUCAAGUCUUUCCGCGCCAGAAGCCGAUUCAGGCGCAUCAUCGAGAAGAUCAAGCUCCAAGCACGUAUCGAGAAGCUCAAGGCUAUGGAGGAGGACCCGGAGAACUCGGAUCUUUCAGCUAUCUUCUCCGAGGUCGCCAGAGCAAAGCUCGCCGACGACAAGGAGGAGAAAGAAGUUCUCCGUGUCACUCAAGAGGUCGAAAAGGAUGCCAAGCGUCGAAGUUUCCAGGCUUAAUAAAUAUAUCGAGGAUUCCAAUCAAUUGCAGACAUGUUCACAUAUAUUGGACAGCACCACGGUGGGCGACCUUAGUAUAAUGCCGAGAUGAAUGGCAACCUGAGUCCUCGCAAGAUGCACGAAAGAAGGGCAAUAGCACGGAUGGGAAAGACGAGUCAGAAUUGGUCGCAAAGGGUGAUGCGACUCCUUGGGUUGAAAGCGUUGUUUUUUGGUUUCGGAAAUAUUCUUUGGGUCUAAAAAAAUGGGAAUUGAAUGCCUCCGUUAACCCAAGCGAAUUCCAUGUUUUUCACUCAGAUCAUAGUGCAGAGUAGAUAAAUGCUCUAUAUUCGGUAGCCUCCCAGUUGACCAACAAUCUUGUGUGGUCUUCCCCUGACUUCUCUGUCCUAACAAGCUAAAGAUCCAGUCUUUGGUGUGCUAAUACAAGUGACCAUCAUUAUUCUAUCCCGAACCACGCGCCAAGCGUAUCCUUGGAACCUGUUGCAUGAUCUCUCCUCGUGAUAUCAUUUACAUCUCAUAAGCAUACAUACAUGAUGAAAGGAGCAUCCGUCCACUUUCAUUCUCAUAAACAUUGGGUCGACAAAGUAUAACCGAUUGGCGACUGCAAUGAGUAUAGUUUAGUCGUUCAUGUCUGCCGAAGCACUCUCGCGAAGUUCGGCAUACCGACGCGCGUCGAAUCGCUUGCGUUCCCAGCCUUUUGCACGGAGUCGCUCUAUCCGUGCCUGUAGCUCCGGUGAACGCGUCUUGUCAGCGUUCGGCGUAGCGGACACAGAAGUGACCAUGUUCACAGUGGUAGGCGACGGGGGUGUGUCUUCAUACGGGGGGGUAGUGUGCUGUUGGCCGAGCUCUGUCUCGAUGAAGUUGAGGUGUCGAAAGACUUGGCGCUGCAGGCUCGUGAGGAGGGCACUGUAGCGGUGAACAGAGCGAGCAUGGCGGAAGGGAUCAAGCUCUGCGUCUGUAGAAGGGGAGACCUCGUUUUGUGCUGAGCGCGGAGUGAGGAUUGACCGAGGCGCCUGAGUCAAUGACCGCAGAGGUACUAGCACAGCAGAAGAAUCUCCCGCAGAAAGCUCUGGGGAUAUUGAACGAGCAGGUCCUAAAAAGCUGCCUAGGCCAAGCGUUGGUGAGUCCGGACGUUCGAGAAGCUCCACGGGCACAUCGCUGAAAGUCACUCGCUUCUUCUUACGCUUGGAAGUGGGCACGCUUUGAAUCGAUGAGAUAGAUGAUGCCGGAGAUAUACCGUGAGACGAAGUCCAUGUUGACGAUACGUGGGAGCUCACAGAGCUAUCGGCAGAGUGGAGGCUUGGCAGUGUUGUAGUAGUGCCAGACGGUCUUCUCAGUAAUGCUGGACCAACUGUUGAGUCUGCAGCAUUGAUGAGUGUUGAGGCACGUUGAUAAUGGUCACGAGCCUGGUUGAGGAGUGUGGUUCGUGCUGGGGCGGCCUGAUGAAGUGCACGAGCAAGCAUCUCUUGUGAGUUGGCUGCGUAAAAGUGAAGAUAUAUGAGAUAUGCUGGCUCAACG